GAGUAUUUCAAAUUUAUCAACAAAACAACAAAAAAUGCUGUCUGUAAAGAAACCUUGAGGAAGUUUCCUCUUCCCCCAACUCCAAUCAAUGUUGUUCAUCCACCGCACUUCUAAAAUCUUUCUAUCAAUCUCAUGCUAUUAUGUACUCCAUUGUCCUUUCAUGAGUCUUAAUUACGUUGAAUUUUAGCUACCCAAUUCACUUUUCUGUCUAUUUCUUUUACUGUUGUGAUUCUUUCUCACUAAAUUCAAUUGACUUGCUCCUACCAUUACCAAUUUGUGCUCUCAUUCUGUCACUUUCUUGUAUUAGUUGUAUUCAUUAUUCAUUUUCAUUCACACUUUCGAGUCCUUACUCAAUUGAAUCAAUCAAUCAAUAAAUGCUUGUCAUUUAGUACCAUUUCUUCCCUUAUUAUAAUUGUUUUUUUCAAAAUUCAAAGAAAUUUGCAACUACCCACUUCAAUUUUGAUUGAAUCUCGUUGUUGGUUUGAUUUUGUUGCUGAUAAAUUUCAUUCUGGAAUUGGGUAUCUUUUGAUUUAUUGGUAUUGAAUAUUGAUCAUGUAUGUUACCAAGUUUCAAUCUCUCUUUUGGGUAUUGUUUGCUUUGUGUUUGAUAAAAUGCUCCUUAGAGUUUGACCCAGCAGAUAAUUACCUCAUAAACUGUGGAUCACCCACUAAUGUUUCAGUGUAUAAUCGUAUUUUCUUGGGUGAUUCAAGCCUGAAAUCUAGUGUUGUUCUUUCAACAUCUCAAAAAAUUUGGGCUAAUAUUAGCUCAAAUUCAAUUCCAUUUUCAUAUUCUUCAGAUCUGUAUAAAACUGCCCAAAUCUUUACUGGAAGCUCCAAUUACACAUUCCCUGUAUCAAAACAUGGUUACCAUUGGAUUCGCCUUCAUUUCUUCCCCUUUGUGUAUCAAAACUAUAAUCUCAGCCAUGCUAGAUUUUCAGUUUCUGUCAUGAAUUUCACCCUUUUGAGUAAUUUCCAAUUACAUGAAACCAUUCCUGUGGUUAAGGAGUAUUCUUUGAACAUAACCUCAGGUAAACUUGUUCUCAAUAUAAGCCCUUCACCGAAAUCCUUUGCAUUCUUAAAUGCCCUAGAAGUUGUUUCUAUCCCUGAUGAAGUUAUCCCAGAUAGUGUUAAGAUCAUUGAUCCUUCUGGUUCUAGUGAAAGCCUUGUGCACCAAGCCUUGCAGACAGUGUAUAGGGUGAAUAUGGGAAAUAUUAGUGUUAACCCUCAAAACGAUACCCUUUCGAGGCAAUGGGUACCGGAUGGACCCUUCUUAAAGUCUCACAAUCUAGUCCAGUUCUUGUCGAAUCCACAAACAGUUAAUUACACUGAAGGUGGCCCAACUCCAGAAAUUGCACCUCCUUCCGUUUAUGGCACUGCUAGUAAGUUAGACACUGAAUCUGAUCCCAAUUUGAUUGUUAAUUUGACUUGGAAUUUCAAUGUUGAUCUGGGGUUUAGAUAUCUGUUUCGAUUCCAUUUCUGUGAUAUCUUUAGCAAGGCCCAAGGACAGCUUAUGGUUAAUGUUUAUAUCAAUUCUUGGUAUGCUUAUAAACAUCUUGAUCUUAGUGAGAAAACAUCAAAUAAGUUGGCUUCACCUUAUUACCUAGAUGUUGUGAUGAAAGAAAUUCAUAGUAAUUACAUCUCUGUGAGUGUUGGGACUGCUAGUGAUGUUAAUUACCCUAAUGCCUUUCUUAAUGGGCUUGAGAUCAUGAAAAUUAGUAACUCUAAAGAUUUUCUUGAUGUUGUUGAUUCUUCAAAGUCAAGUUCUAAGGUCACCACUGGUUUGAUUGUGGGUAUAGCAGUUGGGGCUGUGCUCAUCUGUGUGAUUCUAGCUUUAGCUUUCUUCCUUGUGAUCAGAAGGAGAAAACGGACACAUUUAGACGUGAAUGGUAACAAAAUCAAUGGAACCGGAGAAUCCGGUUACUACUUCUCUCUUGCUGCCAUUAGGAAGGCAACUGAUAAUUUCAGUGAUGGCUUGGUCAUUGGAUUAGGAGGUUUUGGGAAGGUUUACAAAGGGGUAUUGGACGACGAUAGAGAGGUUGCCGUUAAGAGGGGCAACUCUGAAUCACAACAGGGUAUCAAUGAAUUUCGAACUGAAAUUGAAAUGCUGUCGCAUUUUCGUCAUCGCCACUUGGUGGCUCUAAUUGGGUACUGUGAUGAGCAGAACGAGAUGAUCUUGAUAUACGAGUACAUGAAAAACGGGACACUCAAGAGCCACUUGUAUGGUUCGGGUAAUCCUAGUUUGAGCUGGAAACAGCGACUUGAGAUAUGCAUUGGCUCAGCCAGAGGUCUCUACUAUCUUCACACAGGAUCAGCAAAACCUAUCAUUCAUCGCGAUGUUAAAACAGCAAAUAUAUUGCUAGAUGAGAACCUCAUGGCCAAAGUUGCAGAUUUUGGUCUAUCAAAAGCUGGUCCUGAUAUAGAUAAAACACAUGUUACCACAGCUGUGAAAGGAAGUUUUGGUUACCUAGAUCCCGAGUAUCUCAUACGACAACAACUGACUGAAAAAUCAGAUGUUUACUCCUUCGGUGUUGUCUUGUUCGAGGUUCUGUGUGGGAGGCCGGUAAUUGACCCUUCACUUCCUCGCGAUAUGGUAAAUUUGGUCGAAUGGGCAAUGAAAUUACAAAAGAAAGGAGAAUUCGAAAAAAUUAUCGAUCCUAGUAUUGCAGAUCAAAUCAAAACCCAGUCAUUGAUCAAAUUCAUUGAGACGGCUGAAAAAUGCUUGGCUGAAUGUGGUCUUGAUCGCCCUACGAUGGGAGAAGUACUGUGGAAUUUAGAGUAUGCCCUUCAACUUCAGGAGGAUGAAACGGCGUCUAAUGGAAGUGAUGAUGUCUCUUUACAGAUUGAUGAAGCUAAACCAUUACAAACACUUCCUUCUACCAGACAAUACAGCAUGGGAAGUGCUGGAGAUAUUGUUGAUAUUUCAAUGAACACAGUUUUUUCACAAAUGAGAGAUGGGAAUCUGAGGCAAUAGUUUAUGGAUACAUUAAAAAUUAUGAACUUCCACUCUAUCAUUCUUUCAAAUUGCACAAUUAUUAUGGGUUAAUUUCAUGUACAGAACAUUUGUUUUGGUAAGUUUUAUUUGUUGUUCAAGUUCAAUUCAUUCUUUUAUUCCCUUUUUUGUAUGAGCCAGAAAUUUGCGAUUGUGGCUUGCAAUUUGUGCACAAAAUCAUUCUUUUACUUAUAUAUUAAAGCAAAUUCUUGUACUAGUCUAUUCAUCAAUCACAAUCGGAGUUGUUUUUAGGUGCCAGACCGCUAUGAUUUCUUGAA